AUUGUGUCCUUUACUCCUUCCAGAGAAAAGAAGAGCCUUUUCUUCUCGUUCUCGGUUUUGUUUUUAUCGUGUAGCUUUUCUGGGUUAGAAAAAGUUUCUGUUGUGCCGGAAUCACAAGAAACAUGUGUGGAGGUGCUAUCAUUUCCGACUUCACCGAGGCCAAGCGUGGCUGGAAGCUGACCGCUGAGGGCCUCUGGUCUGAGCUUGACACCAUCUCUGACCUCCUUGGCUUGGACUCUUCCAGCAACAACCGCCAGGUUCCGCACCACAACCUCGCUCAGAAGGCAAAGGUGGACCCAAAUCCAGUCACCAAAGUGACAUGUCUAUCAGUUGCAGAAGAUGGGAAGACGAAGAGAGUGAGGAAGAACAUCUACAGAGGAAUAAGGCAGAGGCCAUGGGGCAAAUGGGCGGCCGAGAUUCGCGACCCGCACAAAGGCGUAAGAGUCUGGCUCGGAACCUUCAACACACCCGAGGAAGCUGCUCGGGCCUAUGAUGAAGCCGCCAGGCGCAUCCGCGGCGACAAGGCCAAGCUCAACUUCCCUCCACAACCUGCCCCGGUUCCUGCUCCGGCUCCGGCUUCGGCCCAGCUCCAGCCACCCUCCAAGAAGCGGUGCAUGGCUCUCGAGUCGACUGCACCAGCUAUGAUGGGCAUGGAGCCUUACUAUCCUUCAUUCCAGAAUGAGUUCUACUGUAAGAGUGAGACUGCUGCUGGUCACCAUGAGUGUGAGCUGAAAGAGCAAAUCUCGAGCUUGGAGUCUUUCCUGGGCCUGGAUGAGUCAGUGUCGUCGAAUGAGGUUAUGAGUGGACUUGGAAUCGGUGAGCCGGACUCAGUGGACCUGUGGAUGCUGGAUGACCUGGUUACACAUCACCAGCAGCAAGGUCGUGAGCAUCAGCUCGUGUAUUAGGAAAGCAACCACCAUUUAAGCCUAUCAGUCCGUCCAUUAUGUUAUGUGUAUGUGUUCGUGUGCCCAGUGUGUGUGUUUGGAACUUGAGGCUGGUUCAUCAUCUAUGUUUAAUAGUAAUUACUGUCUUAAUCUGUGUGUUGCUUUGCUGCUGAGCAAUCUAGCUAUUUGGAUCUGUUGCAUUGUGAAUAGAGUACUAUUAUAUAAUUAUGUAUGAAGAAUAAAGAAGCUUGUAUUUGCAUGCAUCA